AAGGAAUUUCCAUUCUCCUGCCUCUUGGCUUCAUGGUUCUGAACUGUGCUAAGUGGGAAGAGGAGAGACCCAGGGGAAUUCUGGGAGAGGAAGUUCCAGUCUGCCAUCCAGCACUUCCUGGGUCCCUCCUCUGUGCAGCUGUUGCCCCCAGGAGAUUUUCAGAUGAUGUGGGGAAAUGAAACCUUGGCCCUGCAGGAGGCUUCUUGCCCAGCAAGCUUGGGCUGGGGGAAUCAAUGAACAGAGGCAAAAAUUAGAGGGUGAUCCAGAGGCAUCAAGGAUGGAGAGCCAUGGACAGAAUUUGGUGGGAUGACAGGGAAGGGAGAAGGCACUUCCACAUGGUUAUUUUGUUCAUUGUGUGAUAAAUAAUUGGAUCAGCCUACCCAUCAGCGACAUUGUGAGAAAUCUGGUCAGAGGGGUUUUUAGCGUCCAGUUUCUAGGCCCGGAGGAGUUCAGAGUCGUUUUGGGGAAGAAAGAUGUUUGUUAGUUCAGGGGAGUAUUAUGGUGGGAAAGAGGGUGCUGAGGAGAUACCAGGUGGGAGCGUUUGUGGAGAGUACUAUUACGAGGGGAUCCACUAUGGAAAAGUCUGUCUUGCUCCCAACCAGAUGAGCAUUCUUUGGGAACAGGUCUGUGUUCUGGCCCCCAACUGUCCCCCACCUAGUACCCAUGAUUGGAUGGAUAAAUUUCUGUCUUCUGGUGCAAAGGGAAGAGCAGCUGAGCAGGACCUGGUAGCCUUGUGAUGAUGGUCCUGUUCCUCUUUAGCAGUCGGAUGCCUCCUUCCUGCCAAUCCAGCCUUCUUUCCCUGUGCACAGAAGGGGUCUCAGUUUCCAUUGUCACCCCUGUCUGUACUAUGAGAUGGCAGGGUGGCCGUUGAUGGCAAGGCAGCCGAUCCCUUUCAUGUUAGCCUGAGGGAGCCCCUGAUCUGGACGUUGUGGUAUCUUUUGAGGCCAGCUGGCUUCCUUUGUAGGACUUCUCAGGUAUAGGGUGGGGCUUUGAUCUGAGCCAGUCUCCCUCCAUCUUCCAUCCCAGCUUCUCACUCCUCCUGGCCCAGGUAUUGUCCGUCCGUUCUGGAGGUGGGGGCUGAGGAAGAGUCACUCCAGGAACUUCUGGUUGUGGCCCAAACUACAGUUUCCCCUCCAUCCUUCUUCCUCUCCCCAGGUAAGGUUCCUGGGGGGGGGGGGGGGGAGAGGCGCAGAAGUGGCUAGUUCCCAGAUUUUAUAGGCCCCCAAUGGAUACCAUGUUGGAAGCCAGACUCCAGACCAAGCAGAGGAACACCCAGAACAGCCGGGAGACCAGCUUGUGGUCCUCAGGCUUUGGGAUGAAACUGGAGGCCGUUACCCCAUUCCUGGGGAAAUAUCGCCCCUUUGUGGGUCGCUGCUGCCAGACCUGCACUCCUAAGAGCUGGGAGUCCCUCUUUCACAGAAGCAUAAUGGAUCUAGGCUUCUGCAACGUGAUUCUGGUGAAGGAGGAGAACACCAGGUUUCGGGGCUGGCUGGUUCGGAGGCUCUGCUGUUUUCUGUGGUCACUGGAGCAGCACAUACCACCUUGUCGGGACGCCCCAGAGAAGAUCAUGGAAAGAACUGGGGUGCAGAAUGUCAUCUCAGGGAGGGACCCAGGAGGGGCUGGAGAAGGCCAGGUGUCAGGCCUUGUGAAGAAAGAGGUACAGCGCAUCCUGGGCCAUAUCCAGGCUCCACCCUGCCCCUUCCUACUCAGGCUAUUCAGCUGGGCGCUGCUGCGGUUCCUGAAAUGUGUCUUCCUGAACGUGCAGCUCCACAAGGGCCAGAUGAAGAUGGUCCACCAGGCCGCCCAGGCGGGCUUGCCGCUUGUCCUCCUCUCUACCCACAAGUCCCUCCUGGAUGGGAUCCUGCUGCCCUUUGUGCUGCUCUCCCAAGGCCUGGGUGUGCUCCGUGUGGCUUGGGACCCCCGCACCUGCUCUCCCACCCUCAGAGCUCUGCUAAAGAAGCUUGGGGGGCUUUUCCUGCCCCCAGAGGCCAACCUCACCUUGGACAGCUCUGAGGGAGUCCUUGCAAGGGCCGUGGUCCAUGCCGCUAUAGAGCAGCUGUUGGUCAGCAAGCAGCCCUUGCUUAUAUUCCUGGAAGAGCCUCCUGGGGUCCUGGGGCCUCGGCUGUCAGCCCUGGGCCAAACCUGGCUGGGACUGGUGGUGGAGGCUGUCCAGGUGGGCGUUGUCCCAGAUGCUAUGCUGGUGCCAGUGGCCAUCACCUAUGAUCUGGUUCCAGAUGCACCCUGUGAUGCAUACCACGCCUCGGCCCCACUGGGGUUGUGGACAGGAGCUCUGGCUGUCCUGCGGAUCCUGCGAGGCUGGGGCCGCAGCCGCCCAGUCUGUGUCCGUGUUCACCUGGCCCAGCCCUUCUCCCUACAGGAAUACACCAUCAACGCUAGAAGCUGCUGGGGCAGCAGGCAGACCCUGGAGCAGCUGCUGCAGCCCAUCGUGCUGGGCCAAUGCACUACUGUCCCAGACACGGAGAAGGAGCAGGAGUGGACUCCAGCAACUGGGCCCCUUCUGGCGCUCAAGGAAGAGGACCAGCUCCUGGUCAGGAGGCUGAGCCAUCAUGUCCUGAAUGCCAGCGUGAUGAGCUCGGCAGUGAUGAGCACGGCCAUCAUGGCGACACUGCUGCUCUUCAAGCACCAGAAGGGUGUGUUCCUGUCACAGCUCCUGGGGGAGUUCUCCUGGCUGACCGAGGAGACGCUACUGCGUGGCUUUGAUGUGGGCUUCUCAGGGCAGUUGCGGUGCCUUGUGCAGCACACGCUGAGCCUGCUACAGGCACAUGUGACCCUCCUCCGCGUCCAUCAGGGGGACUUGCUCGUAGUUCCUCGGCUGGGUCCCGGCCUCACCCACCUGGCACAUCUGAGUGCUGAGCUGCUGCCUGCCUUCCUGAGUGAGGCUGUGGGUGCCUGUGCUGUCCGGGGACUGUUGGCAGGCAGGGUGCCGCCUGAGGGACCCUGGGAGCUACAGGGCAUCGAGCUGCUGAGCCAGAACGAGCUGUACCGCCAGAUCCUGCUGCUGCUGCACUUGCUACCACAGGACCUGCUGCUGUUACAGCCCUGUCAGUCUUCCUACUGCUACUGUCAGGAAGUGCUGGACCGUCUCAUCCAGUGUGGGCUCCUGGUUGCCGAGGAGACCCCAGGCUCCAGGCCAGCCUGUGACACAGGGCGGCAGCGUUUAAGCGCAAAGCUGCUGUGGAAGCCAAGUGGAGACUUUACUGAUAGUGACAGUGAUGACUUCGAGGAGGCUGAGGGCCGGUUCUUCAGGCUCAGUCAGCAGUCACGCUGCCCUGACUUCUUCCUCUUCCUGUGCCGCCUGCUUAGCCCGCUGCUCAAGGCCUUUGCACAGGCUGCCACCUUCCUCCACCAGGGACAGCUGCCUGAUACAGGUGAGGCCCACGCUUCCCUGGCUCUCCACAGAGGGAGCGGGGAGAGCUCAGGGCAGAGGCUGUGCAGGGGCCCCAGGCCUAGGUUUUUCUCUCCCACAGAGUCGGGCUACGCUGAGCAGCUGUUCCAGUUCUUGCAGGCCACUGCCCAGGAGGAAGGGUUCUUUGAGUGCGCAGACCCAAAUCUUGCCAUCAGUGCUAUUUGGACCUUCAGAGACCUGGGGGUGCUGCAGCAGACGCCCAGCCCUGCAGGCCCCAUGCUCUACCUGUCCCCUGCGUUCACCAGCUGGGAAAAUCAGGAGAAGCUGGAACAGUUCAUCCGGCAGUUCAUUUGUAGCUAGAACUGUGGGAUGGAGUGCCUGCUGAGAUUCUCAGCCCCAGAUCAGGAGCCAGAAGACUGGAAGGGAGGCUGUACACCCUUACCCGAACUGUAUAUAAAACCUUUUCUUGUUUCA